AUGGGUUCCCCGCUGAAGAGCUUCCCUAUCUCAGGGACUUGGUCGACACAUAUCUACGACCGCCUCAAACACAGAAAAGAGCUACGCAUGGCAAUGGGCGGCAAGAUUACCCUCGUCACUCCCAGCGAGUUCUUGGCGGAAUUCGUACCGAAGCCAGCCGGGAUCACUAAGGACGCGUCGCUGUCUUCCAUCCUGAGUUCGCUACCGAAGGAAACCAAUGAAUACAAGAUGUAUCAUCCCUUGGUGAACGCUCUGAAUGGGGCCACCAAGCUCUGUCCGGACUUCACCUUCGUCGCGACACCCACUAAAGGUGACAAGGCGGCGGAACGGAAUCAAGCCGUCGACUGUGGCUUAUAUCCCUCUCUCCACGCCCCAAGUUCUCAUAUCAACGAUGAGGGUGAAUUUGUCUCGCCCGCGGUGGAUUGGUCUAGGAUUGCGUUACCCAUCGAGGUCAAGUCGACGCCAUCUAAGGACCCUUUCGACGACAACAAGCCUGAUGGACAACCAGGCGCUGCGGAGAAAAAGGAGUCUCUCGGUCAGAUACUGUCGUACGCGCAAUUCAUGCUCGACCACCAACAUCUCACGUUCCUCUUCAUGAUCGUUAUCAUUCAAGAAGACGCCCGCCUCCUUCGUAUCGACCGCUCUGGAAUCUUCGUCACGAAGAAGUUCAACUACAAGACAUCUGGCGACUCGCUCAUGGAGUUCCUCUGGCGAUUCGCUCGUCUCAGCCCGGAACUACAAGGCCAAGAUCCCACGGCAGAGCGUGUCGACCACGCUUCGGAAUACGCUGACACCAUGCGAGCGAAGCUGGAGACGCCAACAGUACCUGAUGACUACGUCCGAAUUCUGUUUGAGACUUCUCUUGACAAGGAAUGGGCGUGGUGGCUCCUGAAGCUCAAGGACGAACGAACGCAGAAGGAUCGGAGGUUCCUUGUCGGGAAGCCUCACUUCAGAUGCGAAGGCGUCUCAGGUCGCGGGACUCGUGGAUACGUAGCCAUGGACGCCGAUGAUACCACGGCGCCCUUUGUCUACCUCAAAGACUCGUGGCGAGUGGUACACGACGAGAUUCAGAAGGAGGGUGCGGUGCUUGAGACUCUCAACGCGGAGAAGGUCUCCUACGUUCCCACUCUACUCUGCCACGGCGAUCUGGGUCACAAAACGACAUCGGAAGAGCUUUGGCGCAAAUAUCACAAGAAGCACAAAAAGGAUGUUCCGUACCCGCUCAAGCAGCACAUUCAUUAUCGCCUUGUUGUCCAGGAGGUAGGGAAGCCGCUGGCCGAGUUCAAGGACGGUUCUCAACUUGUCUCGGCGCUCGUCUGCUGCCUGAUCGCUCAUGCGCAGGCUUACAAGAUUGGCCUCAUACACCGCGACAUCAGUGCUGGGAAUAUCCUUUUGUAUCCUCACAAGGGCGGCGAAUGGAAAGGAAUGCUCAACGACUGGGAGCUAGCAAAGGACGUGAACAGCAACUCUCCUCACGCACGUCAGCCUGACAGAACCGGAACUUGGCAGUUCCUAUCCGCAGGGGCAUUGACCUAUCCCCAGAAGCAAAUUGUCGUUCAAGACGAGCUGGAAUCCGUGGUACACGUGAUGAUUCACAUGGCGAUCCGAUUCCUCCCCCACAACUGCGACGACAACAACGUCGGGCGACUUCUCUACUACUACUUCGACGAUUGUCAGGCCACCGACACAGGGUUCGGCUGCGGGGCCCUGAAGAAGACCGCUAUGACGACCGGGAGGGUGAAGUUCCAGCAGCAAGGCAAAGACAUCGAUCUUCGCUUCCACUGGGGAUCGAAGUCCGAUGCUAGGCACCCCAUCGACGAACUUCUCGAAACACUGCUCGGCUGGUUCGAGGCGUACUAUACCGUGACGGACGAAGGAACGGGAUUACCCAAGAAUCCUGAGACACGAGACAACGCCUUCUACCCGAGCCCCGCUCUCAUGUCGAUGGUCAAUGAAGUCGACAUCGAUGCGCUGUUUGCGGACGAAACUCCAUCCGAGCCCUCGAGUGCAUCUUCCGCCCCGAAGUCGAAGUCCAGGGACCGCGCGGCCGACCUCGAGCUUGCUGCGAAGCUCAAAAACCAUCGGGCCAUGAUCGUCCUCUUCAAGGAGUCCCUCGAGAAGCAGUGGCCGGAGAAAGACAAGACGGCGGACAAGCGCCCCGAGAAUGGCUACAAGCCGGGCGACGAGAACGACCGCACCGCUGUGGCGACCGCGGCCACCCCAGCCGUCAAACGUGUUGCGACAGACGUAGAGGACCUUGAGCCUCCUUCCACGCCCAAGCACAGGCGCACGGACGACUCGGAGUAGUCCAUCCUUGGCCACGGCGCGCGCCUCCGUUUCUGCUCUCCCUGGGGGACGUCCUCCCGUGUGGCUCGUGCAUAGGCUCGCUCUCGUCGCGUCGUGUUGUGUCAUCCGUCUUCUACUGGACGUCGCUCUAACAUCAUCCCUCUCCCCUUCUUGCGAACGGUAUUGUUCGGAUCGCCGUAGUAAACACCGUGCAUGCCUUCUCCACGUCGAUCCUUCUUGCCGUUCUAUCACGAUCGCCGCCACACACCAGUACCAUUUCCGGACUUCACAUCCUGACACUGUAUAUUCCGAUACCUUAUGCGCAUUUACUAUCCGCGUCCCAGUCAAUAUCCAUUUGUCGGUCUUGGCUGUCUAUCGCACUGCAAAUACCCAUACAGC